AUGUCCCUUUGUGCCUCUUCUCACAAAGAGUUUCCUCAGCUGUUACCUAUUCAAGACAUGGAUAUCAAAAACUCACCAUCUAGCCUUAACUCUCCUGCCUCCUACAACUGCAGUCAACCCAUCCUACCCCUGGAGCAUGGCCCCAUAUAUAUACCGUCCUCGUACGUGGAGAGCCGCCAUGAAUAUUCAGCCAUGACAUUCUAUAGCCCUACUGUGAUGAAUUACAGUAUUCCCAGCAGUGCCAGUAACUCCGAAGGUGGACCUGGUCGACAGACCACAAGCCCAAAUGUGUUGUGGCCAACCCCUGGACACCUCUCUCCCUUAGCGAUCCAUUGCCAGUCGUCGCUUCUGUAUGCAGAACCUCAAAAGAGUCCUUGGUGUGAAGCAAGGUCGCUAGAACCCACCUUACCGGUACACAGAGAGACACUGAAAAGGAAGGUUAGUGGGAGCAGUUGUGCCAGCCCUGUUACUAGUCCAAGUUCAAAGAGAGAUGCCCACUUCUGUGCGGUCUGCAGCGAUUACGCAUCUGGAUAUCACUAUGGAGUCUGGUCGUGUGAAGGAUGUAAGGCCUUUUUUAAAAGAAGCAUUCAAGGACAUAACGAUUAUAUUUGCCCAGCGACAAAUCAGUGCACGAUAGAUAAGAACAGGCGCAAAAGCUGCCAGGCCUGCCGACUUCGGAAGUGCUAUGAGGUCGGGAUGGUGAAGUGUGGCUCCCGGAGGGAAAGGUGUGGCUACCGUGUCGUGCGAAGGCAGAAGAGCUCCGAGGAGCAGCUGCGCUGCGCCAGCAAAGCCAAGAAAGCGGGGGGCCACGUGACCCGCGUGAAGGAGCUGCUGCUGAGCGCCCUGAGCCCCGAGCAGCUGGUGCUCACGCUCCUGGAGGCGGAGCCGCCGCACGUGCUGGUGAGCCGCCCCAGCACCCCCUUCACCGAGGCCUCCAUGAUGAUGUCCCUGACCAAGCUGGCCGACAAGGAGCUGGUGCACAUGAUCGGUUGGGCCAAGAAAAUCCCAGGUUUUGUGGAGCUCAGCCUGUAUGACCAAGUGCGCCUCCUGGAGAGCUGCUGGAUGGAGGUGCUGAUGGUGGGGCUCAUGUGGCGCUCCAUUGACCACCCCGGCAAGCUCAUCUUUGCUCCAGACCUCAUUCUGGACAGGGAUGAGGGGAAAUGUGUAGAAGGAAUUCUGGAAAUCUUCGACAUGCUCUUGGCAACGACUUCAAGGUUCCGUGAGUUAAAACUCCAACACAAAGAGUAUCUCUGUGUCAAGGCCAUGGUCCUCCUCAACUCCAGUAUGCACCCGUUAGCCGCAGCAAGCCAGGAGGCUGACAGCAGCCGGAAGCUGACUCACUUACUGAACGCUGUGACCGAUGCUCUGGUCUGGGUGAUUGCCAAGAGCGGGAUUCCCUCCCAGCAGCAGCCAGUCCGCCUGGCUAACCUCCUGAUGCUCCUUUCUCACGUCAGACACGCCAGUAACAAGGGCAUGGAACACCUGCUCAACAUGAAGUGCAAAAACGUGGUCCCAGUCUACGACCUGCUGCUGGAGAUGCUGAAUGCCCACACGCUUCGCGGGCACAAGUCCUUGGUCACAGGGUCCGAGUGCAGCCCGGCAGAGGAGAGUAAGAGCAAAGAGGGCUUCCAGAACCUCCAGUCUCCUCAGUGA